ACACACACACACACACACACCAACUAACCAACCAACCAACCAAAAUAACAGGUCCCAGAGACUGUUUCAGCUCAGUGACUGGGCUCCAGGUCUCUUGGGGGUGAUGUCUGUCUUCGCAGUUCAGGGGGCAAGCCGGGGCGGGCUGGAGAUGGGGAGGGGCCCCUUGCCUCCCUCAGGUGCUCCAAGGGAUGAGAGUCCAAGGAGACAGUGUCCCAGAGACUGGAGUCCGCGGGGGUGGGGUAGGGUGGUGGUGGUCUGGGGUUGCCCCUGGUGGCCAGUCCGGGUCACUGCAGAGGAGAGCCCACUGCUGGAGACUGUCCUGGUCUAGGCUCGGAAUUGGUGGCCCACCGGCCCCUCUCUGCUCCAAGCACCAGAAUGCCUCCCACAGGGCCACUUCCCACCUCCACACACAGGUGCUUUAGCAGCUCUGGCCCCAGAAAGACCCACUGUCUUCCUUGGCCUGGCGCACGCUCUGCCUGGCGCACUACCCAGACCAGCUUGCCAGGGCUAGCCAGGCCACCUCUCGCUCCGCCCUCUGUCCAGGUGGUCCUGGGCAGCAUCUGCAUGGGGGAGAGCGGAACCCACCCUGUGCCCUCCACACCCUCGGGAGCAAGAGGAGAGGGGGUUCCAGCCCCAGCUAGUUUUAGCGGGGGUGGGGGUGGGGAAGUCGGGCACAGAGAAGGCUGAGAGGCAGACCGCAGGCAUGUUCCAGCCUGCCCUUCCCAGCCCACUUGCCGAGCUGGCAGUCAGCAAGGAAGGAGGGCCUCUGGUUAAACCGCUCAGUACACAGUGUCAAGUGGCUCGGCUUGGUGGGAGGGAGCAGCAGCCUGCUCUACCCGUCCCCUUAGCAGCUUCAGCUUCGAGAAGCAGCACUCCCAGGAGGGUCAUCGGGCAGAGGCUGGGGCAGGAGCAGCACAGAGAGGACAGAGCUACUGGGGCAGAUCCCUCCGUGGAUAACUGGAAGCCAAGCCCAGCAAACCUAAGUGGUGGCGGGGUCCCCUGGUGGGGUGGGGCCUCCAAGCCAGCGGGGAACCACUGGAUUGGGCAGGGCAGCAGCGUCUAGGGGGCUGCAGGCACCUGCAAUUUCCGGAUGGAUCCUGGCAGGCAAGAGCCCAGUGCGCAAGACCUGGCCCAGGCUCAGCAGGAGCUGCGGUGGGUAGAGCUGGGCUCAGAGGCCCCUGGACCCAGGAGAGAGAGGCCCAGUACUCCCCAGAGCUGGGGCCGCCUGCUCCAGGCGGUGUGGUGCGGUUCCCCGGGCCUGGUGAUGCAACUGCUGCGACAAGGGGCCAGCGUGGAGGAGAGGUGAGACGAGUCCCCACUUCUGGGUUGCUGGGAUCCCCGCUCUGGGCUGACAGGAUCCGGUCUGGGUCCCAGGACCGUCCACACCCGCGCCCGAC